AUGCAUAUUCAGCAGGCUUUGGCUUGUUAAAAGGGGCUACACAACUUUUUCAACACAUUCCACAGAUGAACAUAAAAGUGCUUGCAGGAGGACGACCAAAUGCAUACACUUACUCUCUUGUCAGUCUUUUAGGUAACGUGAUGCUACUGAUGUUUCUGCACAUAUAAUGCCAUUAGCUCAGAGAACUUGGAGAGAUGGCAGAGAAAGACUUUAGGUCUUUAUCAGAGGAAAUCAGUUCCUUCUGUCUGGUUGCUGAGGCUCGUUCUGGGACACAAGUUAUCCAGCCCUUCCCACGCUCUCCAAAACUGAUCAGGAGAACUGGAGCCAUCUCUCCAAAACCCUUAGAGCUGCCAGUCUGGUUGGAGGACUUGAAGAAGGAGAGGAAAAGAACAGAGUACCAUCUGGAGUCUAUUAAAAAGCGGCAAGCAAACCUGAAUACGAGUUCAGAGGCAAUGAAGCAGCAGGUACAGGAGUGCUUUGAAGAGCUACUUAUGGCUCUGCAGAGGGAUGAGAAAGCUGUUCUGGACAUGAUAGAGCAAGACCGCCGUGAGACCAGCAGUAAACUAAACCGAAUUCUUCAAGACUGGAAUCAACACCUUGGUCUCCUGCAGAAACACAUCAGCACUAUUCAGUCAGCUCAACAGAGCUCCGCAGAAUCCAUGAAGCAGCCUUUUCCUGAGGAUUUUACUAGCUGUCAUAAGAAACUGGACCCAGCUGAAGAGGAGAUCAAAAUGAAUGAGGAAAGGAUCCAGAAGCUCAUGAAGGUUCUUAGGAACAUCUCAAAAGAUCUGAAAGCCCAGCUACAACGAAAGAACCUGAUGCUGGACUCCUCUAAUGUGGUGUUUGACAAACGGACCUGUCACAAACAGAUCAAGGUGACCUCAGAAGGACGGGGCCUGUGCCUUUCCUCAGAGGACUGCAACAUUCCAAAUGACCCUCAAAGGUUUGAUCAGUUAUACUGCGCCUUGGGCACUGUUGCUGUUAAAUCUGGGCAGCACUACUGGGAGGUAGAUGUGCACUGUUGUUCAUCGUGGGCUGUGGGCAUGGCUUAUGGUAGCCUACAGAGGAGAGGUCGGGAAAAAGGUGCCAAGCUUGGACGGAACAGGUGCUCGUGGAGUCUUGAGUUUCAGGAUGGGCAUCUUACGGCCUGGCACAACGAUCGACAUGUGGCACUACCAGUCACAGCAGCUCGGGCAGCACCGAACAGAGUAGGGGUGUUUGUUAAAUAUCAGAAGGGUCGUUUGGUGUUUUAUGAUGCUGAGACUAUGAGAACGCUGCAGGAGUUUUCAGCUGUGUUUGACAGAGCACAUCAUCAAUUCACUGAGCCUCUCUACCCAGCCUUCCGCUUUUUUUCACCCAAAGACAAAGGCCAUCAUCAUAUGGAAAUCUGCAAUCUCAGUCUUUAAUUAUUGUUAGCAAUAUUGAAAACGGCUGUGCUGUUAAUAAAAAAAAACAUUUAUUUA